GUUACACGUAGGUGACACGGACAAACAUUCGAAAGUAUCACAUGUAGAGACUCAGGUCAGCAUGAUCAGAAAUAACAUGGCCUCGUGAGCAUCAAAACCGUCCUCUUCUCUCUUGUUCGUCUCACUGUUUGAAUUUCAUUCUCAACACUUUCUCCUCCCGCUACAAUACCCUCUGAUUUCAUUCUCUUCAACAUGGCCCAAGCACCCAACAAAGCCCAAGAACGCCUGACGCAGGUCUCGUCGCACCUCGGGGGCUCACCUGUUUCGGACUCCAAACAGUCGAUUCUGUCCAAAUCCCCCGACGAUGUGGUGGUCACCUGCGCGCUCCGGAGUCCGUUCACCAAGGGCGGCAAGGGAUUCCUCAAGGACACGCCGGCGGCAGACCUGCUCGCAUACACACUCAAGAACCUGCUUGAGCGAUCGAAGAUCGACCCGAACUUGGUUGAGGACAUUGCCACGGGAUGCGUGCUGGCGCCCGGCGGCGGGGCGACCGAAUACCGUGCUGCGGCGUUGGUUGCCGGGUUCCCGGUAUCAACAGCGGUCAAGAGUCUGAACCGACAAUGCUCCAGCGGACUACAGGCGUGCGUGGACAUUGCCAACGCAAUCAAAGUGGGCAUGAUUGAGAUCGGAAUCGGGUCUGGAGUCGAGAGUAUGUCGUCGCAGUACGGACCGGGAGCUGUCACCGAGUUUUCGGAUCUGCUCGAGAACCACAUGGAGGCGGCCAACUGCAAAGUGCCCAUGGGGGUUCUUUCGGAACAGAUGGCCAAGGACCGACACAUCUCCCGCGCCGAACAGGACGCAUUCGCCGCGAGUUCAUAUCAGAAAGCCCUCAAGGCUCAGCAGGAGGGCCUGUUUGACCAGGAGAUCGCCCCGGUUACGGUCAAAUACACGGAUCCCAAGACGGAAGAAGAAAAGACAGUCACUGUGACCAAAGAUGAUGGCGUCAGACCCGGCAUCACGGCCGAGUCGUUAUCCAAGAUCCGCCCCGCGUUUGCAAAGGACGGGUCUAUACAUGCUGGCAACGCGUCGCAGGUCUCAGAUGGUGCGGCUGCCGUGCUGCUUAUGAAACGAAGCACUGCCGAGCGGUUGGGCCAGCCGAUCUUGGGGAAGUUUGUUGCGUCUUCGGUCAUCGGUGUUGAGCCUUUGCUCAUGGGCAUUGGGCCAUGGAAGGCCAUUCCCGUCGCCCUCCAAAAGGCUGGCAUCAGCAAAGACGACGUUGAUAUCUACGAGAUCAAUGAGGCUUUCGCCAGCCAGGCUGUCUGGUGUGUCAAGGAGCUCGACAUCCCUUUUGAAAAGGUUAAUCCCAAGGGUGGCGCCAUUGCUUUUGGUCAUCCGCUCGGCUGCACCGGUGCCCGGCAGGUCAGUACCUUGUUCACCGAAUUGAGGAGGACAGGCAAGAAGAUUGGUGUUACCAGCAUGUGUGUCGGUACUGGGAUGGGCAUGGCUGCCGUCUGGGUGGCUGAAUAGAAAGUGUCGACCGCUCAACCGACAAUUACGCCGGAUCAACAUGGACGGACACUGUAUAUUAUAUCACCCAUUCGACCUCAGGCAAAGCUGAAGCUCGUGCUAUGCUUUUGAAACCGGAGCUGCCUGUAGGAGUAUUUAGGAAUAUUAGAAAUAUUCAUCGUAUACUACGAGCCGAACCAGAAUUUCAUCUGCAAGUGGAAGUGGGAAUUGACUCAGAGAAUGGAACCCUUAAUGGCAGCGGGCACUACUAGUAGGUACCCUGCAAUCGUAUUUCCACCUCAGACUGUGGGUGCAUUGCACCUGUAAUAGAUACCUGGUACCUACCGGGGUUGGGGUCUACUUACCUCAGGUAGGUAGCAGACAAUAUAUAUCCGGCAACAACCUUCAGCGUCUUUCUACUACGGUACCAUAGUUUCUGC